GGGGCUGCAGGGGAGCCUGUGGUGCCAGGGCAUGGUCCCAGGCAGGAGAUGAGAUGCUCGUGAGCAGCAGGACUAUUACAGGUCAGUUCUGAAGCAAAACCAGCACAGGGCCCAAGUGAGGGCAUAAAGGACACAGAGCGUUGGGGACCCAGGGACAGGAGGACGAUCCAGGCGGGAGGCAACAUGUGGGACAGGGGCCAUCGGAAGAGGCAGCAGCUCUGUGCUGGUGCAGCACUCAAAAGCAUGCAGUGUUUCCGAGAGAGCUGGCCUCCUGGAAGUAUAAGCAGAUGAUGAAGGAAGAAACUGAGACUCGGACAGGGUACAGGACUGACUUGCCCAAGGCUCCUCAGAGGGAGAGGAGCAGUCAGGGCUCAGACCUGAGGCUCUGAACCCCUGGCCCAGGGCUCUUCCCACCCCAGCACUUGGGCCCAUCCCAUUCCUUGGUACAUCUGACCAACCCUAUUGUGCACCUCUAGCAUGGCCAGGCCGGAGAUACAGGGAUGAGCAGAAACAGAGGCACAUGGAGGUUAGGUAGCUUGCCUGAGGUCAUAGAACUAGAAGGUGGCAGAGCCAGGACCUAACCCCUGGCAGUCCCGCUCCAAGGUCUGUGGUCUUACCCUCGAUAAGGAAACGCUGUGAUCAAAGAGCCAGGGGAGCCUGUGGGAGCACAGUGUGGACAUCACCCUGGCUGGGGCUGGGAUGCUCAGGGAAGGGUUCCCUGAGGAGGUUGGCCCUCAGCUGAGACCAGACAUAUGAGACAGCAUGAAGCCAAAAUCAGUGGGGCCAGGAUAGAGCACAUUCUGUGGAGCUGGAAGUCUCCUCCAGAAGUCACUGGCCAAGCCCCUGCCCUCGAGGAAGUACUCUAAGCCACGGGCCCCUUUUUCUACUUACUGAGCAUGAAUCUGACACUACCGAGCCACUAACCAUCGACAGGGCCCUUUGACUUGCUCAGGCAGCAGGAAGGGGUUGCCUGGGCCAACGCUUCUCCUGGCACCUGUGGUCCUGGACGGCCCGGGCUGCUGGGCUUGUGGCAAACCAUUUGGAUGUUGCUGGAAACCAACUGUGAUAGAAAUUUGGAAGCCAUUCUCCUAGGAGCUGGCAGGGGCCAAAAGGCAUGAUCUCGUUUGGCAUUGCUGAACAUCGCUGCUCUGGAAAAGCAACAGAGACCCAGCAAGCAGCCUGGCAGUGGAGGAUUUCCCAGGAUGGCAGUGCUGCCUCCAGGGGCCCUGAGCUGCCUGGUCGAUGGGGCCCCAGAACCAGCCUCAAACGGCAGCCCCUGAGCCUGGGAAGCCCUUGCACACAGUAGGUGUGUCUUGGACAGAUCGGUGGAUAGACUGGCAGAUUUCGUAUGGCAGGCUGUCACUCUCUCCCCAUCUCCCUUUCUACAUGCAACGCCCUCUACCCCAAAUGCCCAAGCCCCUUCCUGAGGGCUCAGCAGUUCCCUCCUCUGCAACACCUUCUCAGCUCUCCCUUCUGGGUUCCAAAGCUCUUUGUUCUUGCUGUGUGAUUUGUUUUAAUCAUCAUUUCAAACUUACAGAAGAGUUGCAAAAGUAGUACAAGGAGUUCCUAUACCCUCUUCACUAAAUUCACCAACAGCUGACACUUCCACCCAUUUGCUUUGUUAUUCUCUAUUUAGAGAGAUGUACACACAUUUUUGUCUAAACCACUUGUGUUCACACUGCUUCUAGCACACCUUUUAGAUUGAAAUGUGCAUCUCCUCACCCAAGUCCAUUCCUCAUCACUAGGACUUGAGCCCUUCAAAGCCCUCAUUGACCUGUUUCUCAGCAUGUGGCAAAGCCUGGCAUGGAGGAGACAGUGGAUGCCAUCUAAUGACAGAAAGCAGGUCGAGGUCGAGGACUCAAAGGAGCAAGGAAGGGAGAAGCCUGGGGCAAUGCUGGCCUGAAGCCAUCAUGGGUACUCGGGACCCAGAAAAAAGCUCUCCUUACCUAUGGUGGAGGAACCAAGGGGGCACCCAACACGGGCUCAGCAAGUUCUGAGGGACGCUGAUAUUCCUACUAGGGCUGGGUGUCACCUGCUCUGGACUGAAGUCUGAGUGGUGGAGUCAAACGUCCAAUCCCCUUUGGAGAAGGACGUGUCAAGGUGCCGAGACUAGGCCAGUCACACCCAGCAGGUGCCAGUCGUACUUGGAGGAAGAGGCUGAGCUCUGCUCACUCAUUAAACUCCUCCUCUUUGCAUUUUUUGUUUUCUUCCCUAGUAAAAUUCUUCUUAGAAACUUCUUAAUUUGUCUCCACUGACUAAGAGGAAAAGAGGCUUGUCCCUCCUGAAGUUCAAGAGGAAGCCCUGCUCUCAGAAGGCCCAGGGAUUGGCUGGUGAGGCAGAUGGAGGAAGGGCAUGGACAAGCAUGACCCUAGACAAGUGACUGUACUCCCCUGAGCAUCAGUGUCCUUGCCUGGCACCAAAACCACACGCAGACCCACCUCAUCAGGCUGUCACGGAGAUACAGUGACUUCAUGCAUGGCAAGCACUGCGUGUAGACCCUCACCUAAGAAGGGCGCCUCCCGUCACCAGCUGCUGUCACCUGCAGCAGCCAGUGUAAGUGGGCCUCACUCACAUGCCCAGCCCUCAGGACUAGGGACAUGGCUGGAGCCUGCAUACAUGAGCGGCCUGGCUGGGUCGUGGCAUCAGACAUGGAAGACAGAGCUAACAGACCAGACCAGCCCCCAUGGGGACUCAGAGGUGAGAAGGAGCCCCCAUUUGUUGCGGGUCUAUCGUGUGCUGUUGCAUCAGGUCACCCUUGUGACACUGUGAGUUUAUGGUCCUGUUCUCCCACAUCACAGCUGAGAAAGGAGACUCGGCAAGCAGAGGGUGGGAACACCCCCAGCCCUGGGAGUGCCAACUCUUGGCUGGGAGAUUCUGAGCAAGGUCUGUGCCCUCUCUGUCUCAGUGUCCUCCUUGACAACCCCAGGACCAGCCUCCUAGGAUUCCUGUGAGGAUCAGGGAGAUUAGGAAGGGCUAACUGACCCCCUCAGGGCUCAGGGCUGGGGGGAUCCCACUGCCAGCACUGCCCCAGGUCUCAGCCUCCCCUGCUCCUGGCCUGGAGGCAAAGAGGACAGUGAACUAAUAAAGAACAGUGAGGCAGGUGUGUAAUUUGGGGCAAAACUGUGUGUUCUAGGCUGAAAAUCUACCAAAAAUUUGGUAAAGAUGGCAUCUGGCAUGGCUGGGAGUGCGGGGAUCAGUGGUUCUUGGCUGAGCAGGUAUUCAGGGCUGGAUGUGGGCUGGCCUCUGUGUUUUAGUCACUUCUUAAUCCCAAGGCCUAUUAAAAUAUUAAAUGAGCAGGCCCUGCACAUAAAAGGUAACUGAUAUUCAAUGAAUCAUUAAACACUGGAUGAACUGAUAAAUAUCCAAUAAACCAAUAAAUACCCAUUGAACCAAAGAGUGUGAGGGUGGGAGAGAGGCUACAGGGCCUGGCAAAGGUGUGUGGGGCCUCCGGGUGGGCUGGCCUGGGCAGGAUGGGAGAGGUAGGAAAAGCAGUAAAAACUCCCCUUCUCCUGCUCUCCUCCAUCUGCAGACAGCACCGGGCCUCCUCUGCGUCUACCAUGUCUCAUUCUAUGACCUUGAGCAAGUCCCUGUCCUGAGAUGAGGGAUGUGAUGAAUUCUGAGGCCCCUUCAGGCUCUGACUGCUAUGGCUGGGAGGCCAUGUGGUGCACUGGCCAUAGCAAAGUGAGGGUCCAAACCCAGGCCUGUGUGUCCAUUCCCCAUGUCUAAACCAUCUAGGAUACCUUCCUGAGUAUGGCACCAAGUAGACCUAAGAAGCAAAUGCUCUGUAGUCCUGGGUGUGCCUCACUAACACCUGCACUCUCACCUUUGUCCUCAAUAUUGGCAUCACACUGGACCCAAUAAUGGGUUGAACAUUUUUUCUCCUGCAUGACCUCUGUGGCCAGCCUUUUGAUGCCAUAAGUUACAGAAGAUCUGGGGAGAGGGUACCCCAGAGACACUCCCAGACUGGAAUGCCUUGAGGCUCCAGUGGCCAGACACACACAAGACAAUUAGAAGAUAAAGCUGGUGACAUCCUGAUUCUGACACGUGGGGCAGGGAGAGAGAGGUGUGAGGUCUGGCCUGCUGCGGUGGCAUUAUCCCCAUGUUAGAGGUGAGAACACUCAACUCAGGAAGGCUCAGAAAGAAAGGUCACACUGCUAGUGAGAAUCCAGUACAACUUUGCCUCUGAAACCUUUGCUGUUUCCCUUAUCCUAUGUUGUCUCUUAAAUCCAAAAAAGCUUCCUAGAGGUGGUUUCAAGAAAAGCUGGGGUUUUGCACAUCUAAGAGAGUAAAGGGAACUGGAAACGCAGGCUGGGCAGGGAUAGAGGUUGAAGAAUGGGGGAUAAGGUUAUCCUGGGAAACAGUGCCUGUCCUGCCCCACCUCCCCAAGACUCCAGCUGGGCCUCACCUCCAUCAGGAUACCGGCCCUGGCACCCAGGGGAUCAGCAAGCCUAUGGCUUCAUUGCCAGUCCAAUUCAGCCUUAGCCAGUUCUCCAAACAGCUCAAACACCCUUCCUUCUCCCAUAUCUGGGAAAGACUUCACUAGUGAUAUGCUCCAAAGAGCAAAGGCUGAGUCCCACAAGGCUUAGUUCCAAUCCCUACUUGGCCAUUUACUACCUGAGGGACCGAGGGCAAGCCACCAAACCUCAGCUUUUCUUCUAUAGAGCAGAGCUGUAGAGAACUGAUUACUGACUGUCAUGAGCCUUAGGCAGCACAUAGCAGGCCCUCAGAAAGAGUGGCUGUUACUGGAUCUACAGGAUAACUGAAUUCCCAGGCAGUGCAGCCUUAGCACCUUGGAAAAGGUGGCAUUGAGGCUGGACCCAGAGGACACACAAGUAUUUAGACCUGUGAUGUCAGGGGCUGGGGAUGCUCUGGGAAGAAGAAACAGUGGAAGAAAGGAGCUGGGUAUGGGAAGGGGCAAAUGGCCGUAUGAAAAAGGAAGAACACCAGAGAGUUCUGCCUUACCCUGGCCCAGGAAAGGACCAGGUGAGGAUUGCCUUCCUCCCUUGGAAAGCCCCUGGCCAGGGCACAGAAUCUGCCACCUUGCUAGGGAACCCCUGCUGCUACCUGCCCAGGUGGACCAUAGGUCUUUCUCUAUGUCUGAGUGGCCCCUGGGAGAGUGCUCUGCCAGAUCCUCCUCGAGCAAGCAGGGCUCCAGCCUGGGCACCUGGGCAGAGGUGAGGAGCUGGGAAGGGCCACCACACUGGAGUCCAAGGGCUAGAAGCCAGGACUAGGUGGAAAAGGCUAGUGGAGGAGCCUCCACUAGGUGGAGGAGCCACUGUCAGCUUUAGGGGCACGGACGCUUGCCCACAUCUUCCAGACUUUCUAGGGCCUCCUGUGCUGAGCCCAGAGGCCAACUGCUCACCAUCCCCCAGUAAAAAACCCACAGAAGGAAUUGGGCUUGUCCUACAGCAUGUGAAGUUUGGUGGUGGGAGGGGACCCUAAGGAAGCCCUUCUUGGCUCCAUAUGUGGGAGGUGGAAUUAACUGCAUGUUACUCCCAGGGGCUCAGGGGCUCUGGGAGGCAGAAUAAUGUCAAGUUUGAAAGCUCUGGAGUCUGGCUGCCUGGGUUCAAAUUCUAGCUCCACCACUUCCUGGCUGGGUGUUGUUGGACAAGUUGCUUCGCCACUCAGUGCCUCAGUUUUCUCAUCUGUCAAAGAAAGAUGAAAGUAUCUACUUCAUAGGGUUGUUAGGACAGGUAUAUAAUAUAUGUAAAGUGCUUAGACAGGGCCCAGCACAUGGUAAGCUGCCUAUAAGCUUUAGCUCAUUAUUAUCUUCCUUCCAGAAUCUCUUCUGUCAGGCUCAUCCCAAGCUGAGAAAACUGGAGUGUUCUUGCUCCUGAGGCCAGGGCAAAAAGAACCUGGAGUCUCAGUGGAUGAAUGUUGGUUUGGGGAAUGAGGCAGAGGUCUCUCUGAGCAACCUCCCUGGUGGCCCUGCACCCCAGGGACCACCAGUACACAGGGGAGAUCAGCCUGGAGCUGGGGUUGGGCCGGAGCGACCUGGGAGCCAAGACCAGCAGAGGAGGAAGAACCAUGCGAGGCCAGGCUGAGGCGACAGCCCCAUCUCCUUCUUUGAGUUCCCUUCCCCCUUGAUCUUUGGGGCAAAGAUUUGUGCUGGUUCAGGCCUGGAAAUACCAGAAAUACCAGAAACUGAAGUUGUCUCUCUUUGGGCGGCCACAGCAUAAAACCAACCAACAUGAUCCUGCUAUUAACCUCGAUUAACUUGCAGAAGACUCCGUUUCAGGCUGUCGAGGCUCCAUUGCUCCAGCCAAGCCCCCCAACGCUGGCCCAAAAUGGCCAAGCCAGGGCGGAGAGCGGGCAGUGGAGAGUGGGUGGUGGGCACUAUCGCCGGCUCAAGGCCGAACCAAGAACAGAGCGUCCUGAGUGGUCGGGGACUGAGCUGCCUUCUACCCCAGUGCUCAGCCUCUACUACCUCUGUCCACAGACGGGCACAGAGAAGGUGAUUGUUUCCAUCUGACCAUGGUGACUGCUCCCUGGGGCAGCCAAGAGCACAGGCCUGGGUGUCACAGAGGUAAUUGCCAACCAUGGGGCCAAAGCCUUCCCCCUCCGCUCCUGCGGACACAGACACUCCGGCAAGAGACAGAAGGACAGUCACAGCACACAGAGGCCUUCCUCACAGGGUCCAGGAGGGGAGCAUGGCCUGCUGUCUGGUCACACACCCAGCCAGCCACGCAUACUCCAGCUCACACAGUGUCUCCCACCCCCAGAAAGAAAGUCCACAACAGCUACACCCCCGAGGCACAGUUCUUAGGAUAAAAACAUCCAUUCAGGCAGCGGACGAGGGCCGGCACCAAAAUAGAAUCACUGAGAAGUCAUGGGGCAGAGGCAGACAGACGCGUGCUUGAGUCUUGGUUCCGUGGUACUCUGGCUGGGUGACUGGGACCAAAUCCCUUCCCCCACUCAUCCUCCAUUUCUCCAUCUAUAAAAUGGGAUAAAAUGAAGCCCCCAGUGGUGGAGAGCUUAUGCAUAAUAGGUAGCUCCUAAUUAGCCACAGUAGGGGUCAGGGGUUAUGUAGAGGCUAUUGUUACUACAUUUACUCUAAGAAAUGACGUUUUCAGAAACAGGCCCAGUCUGAGGAAGGGGCAGGAUCAUAAGGUGGGGUGACUCCUCAGAGCCCAGUGGGGCCAGCUGGGAAAGGAAGCCAGACCUGGGUAUUAUGGUCCAGUCCUUCUUCCUACCUGUAGCCUUGGCAAGCCAGUUCACCUCUCCCAGCCUGUCUGGUCUUCCAUAAACCUUCACAAACCUUCACAAACCUUCUGGGGAGGGAGUAAGAACAGCUUUCCACAGGAGCUGGGAACACAGGCUCUGAAGCCAGACUGUCGGCUGGUUCAGUGGCCUCGGAAAAGCCAACGAGCCUCUCUGUUUAAAUGGAGAUGGCAAUAGUACUGGCCUCCUGGGUGGUUGUGAGGAUGACAGGAUCCUCACGUGUGAAGAGCCCUAAGCCUUGCCUGGUUAAGAAAGCAGAUCCAGCUAUUGGUGUGAUAAGAACCGGCGCCGUGGGGUGCCUAGCACACAAUUUCUGCCUGUCUUGCUCCCUCCUAGCCUCCAGCAUGCAGGAGGCCUCAUGUGCCCCUCCCCUUCUACAAAGGAGGGUGCAGGGAGGAGCCCUAGGACCCAGCUCUGCCCUCCCUCUGCCUCCCACAGGCACUCGGGAGGCGGCCUUCGUGUACGCCAUCUCUUCGGCAGGUGUGGCCUUUGCGGUGACGCGGGCAUGCAGCAGUGGGGAGCUGGAGAAGUGCGGCUGUGACCGGACAGUGCACGGGGUCAGCCCAGAGGGCUUCCAGUGGUCAGGAUGCUCUGACAACAUCGCCUACGGUGUGGCCUUCUCACAGUCAUUUGUGGAUGUGCGGGAGAGAAGCAAGGGGGCCUCGUCCAGCAGAGCCCUCAUGAACCUUCACAACAAUGAGGCCGGCAGGAAGGCCAUCCUGACACACAUGCGGGUGGAGUGCAAGUGCCACGGGGUGUCAGGCUCCUGUGAGGUGAAGACGUGCUGGCGAGCCGUGCCACCCUUCCGCCAGGUGGGUCACGCACUGAAGGAGAAGUUUGAUGGUGCCACUGAGGUGGAGCCGCGCCGCGUGGGCUCCUCCAGGGCGCUGGUGCCACGCAACGCACAGUUCAAGCCACACACAGAUGAGGACCUGGUGUACUUGGAGCCCAGCCCUGACUUCUGCGAGCAGGACAUGCGCAGCGGCGUGCUGGGCACGAGAGGCCGCACGUGCAACAAGACAUCCAAGGCCAUCGACGGCUGUGAGCUGCUGUGCUGCGGCCGCGGCUUCCACACGGCGCAGGUGGAGCUGGCUGAACGCUGCAGCUGCAAAUUCCACUGGUGCUGCUUCGUCAAGUGCCGGCAGUGCCAGCGGCUCGUGGAGCUGCACACAUGCCGAUGACCACCUGCCUAGCCCUGCGCCAGCAACCACCUAGUGGCCCAGGGAAGGCCCAUAAUUUAAACAGUCUCCCACCACCUACCCCAAGAGAUACUGGUUGUAUUUUUUGUUUUGGUUUGGUUUUUGGGUCUUCAUGUUAUUUAUUGCCGAAACCAGGCAGGCGACCCCAAGGACACCAACCAGGGCCUCCCCAAAGCCUGGGCCUUUGUGGCUGCCACUGACCAAAGGGACCUUGCUCGUGCCUCUGGCUGCCCGCAUGUGGCUGCCACUGAACACUCAGUUGUUAUCUGUGUCCAUUUUUCUACUUGCAGACUUACGGUGGAGUAACAAGGAGUAUUACCACCACAUAGCUACUGACGGUGUCAUCGGGGAAGAGGGGGCCUUAUGGCAGGGAAAAUAGGUACCAUCUGAUGGAAGUCACACCCUCUGGAAAAAAGAACUCUCAACUCUCCAGCACCCAUACACACACAGACUCCUGGCAGCUUAGGCCUAGAAACCAUGUCUCUCAAAUGCCCUGAGAAAGGGAACAAGCAGAUACCAGGUCAAGGGCACCAGGUUCAUUUCCACCCUCACAUGGGCAGCUAGCGGUUCAAUCUCUGUGGGCCGUUCCAGGCAAGAGGAGGGAGGUGAGGGCAAGAGAAGGCUGAAGUCCCACCCUAGAGUCCAGCCUGCCCCAGCGUGCCCCCUAGGAGGGGGAAACUUCAUCACUCCUCAGACCCACCCAAGCAGGCAUAUAGGCUGCCAUCCUGGACCAGGGAUCCUGGCUGUGCCUUUGCAGUAUGCCCCUGAGUCACCUAUCACAGUGCUGUUCAUCCAUGCAACUGAAAAUGGAAACCACACACACACACACACGAGAGAGAGAGAGAGGGAGGAAAGAAAGGGCUGUGCAGUAAAGUCCUCUCCCAUUAUCCUACUCAACACAAUUUAUUGAGCAAAUACUAUGUGUUCUAGGCGGCCCUAUACAGGCCACCUCACUUGAUGGCCACAACAGUCCUGGGAAGCAGACAAAACAGGAAUGCUAGUGCCCAUCUGACAGCAGACAGAGCAAUGCUCACCAGACCUCAAAGCAAGCUGGAUGGAGAGGCAGAACCAGGAGAGUCCUCCAGCCAAGACUCCUCCUUGGUUCUUAUACACGGAGGCAGAGAAACUGCAGGUCUUCUUGGGUCUGAGCCUGGGGCAGGGGGGUUCUGGCUAGAGGAAAAGGGGCAGGGAAGCAGCAGGAGCCAGAGACCACAAGCUGAGCUGGAGCCCACAUGGUUCCUGAGGGCAAAACAGGCUUUGAGAGAAGACAUGAAUAGCUGGAAGGCUGACAGUGAGGUCUCAGCAGUGUACCCAUCCCCAGCACCUCUGGGUCCCUGGGGUCCCAGGUACCAUGGGUACUGCAAGAUUUCCCAAGAAACAGCAGCAGCAACCCGGGCCUGACCCUGUGCAACCGCCAAACCAUCAGGAGCCCAGCCCAGGCUUGUGAGCAGGACAUGCAAGGAGCAGAACCUUGCCCCUGACCCGGCUACUUCUCAGAUGGGCUCCCAGUCAGCAGAGGAACUUGCUGUCAGCCCAGUUUCCAGACUGCCCCCACACUGGGGCUCUAAGUUUCAGGUCUGAAAUCUUGUGCUCUGUGAUCCCAUUUGGGGUUCCCAUAUUCCAAGCUCUUGGCUCCUGUGUUCAGUGGCUGAAUUCAAUACCUGAGAUUCAGCAUAUGGGCUCCAGCCUGCAGAAACUUUUCUCCAGGCAUUGUGGUUUGUGCCUCCUAGUGUUGGCUCCCUCACAAAGACAGGGUCAACACCUUUGGCCCCCAGCCAAGAUCUCUGCUCACUGUCCAUACAAGGAGGAAGCCAAAACCAAGUGAGGUGUGGAGCCACAUUCAAAUGUGGGGAUAAUCUUGGGGCAGGCCAGCUCUGAUGUGGAUGAAAAGCUGGGCCAACUGUCACCACAGCUGCCCAGCUAGGUCCACUGCUCCUCUGGCUAGCUGUUCAGCUGUCCACUAAGCACAGAAAAAAUACUAACCCUCACUAGCAGAGGCCAGAUCCAGAAAAAGGGAAGUGAGGACCGCUUCCCUCCCAGAGACAAGAGCUGAGCCACUCUCCCCAUCCAAGGAACAGUAGGUCCAGGCUGGAUGCUGAUAUGAUGGGAACUGCCCUUUUCACCUGCCAGGAAGCUCCUAAAGCAGAUCCUCCUGGGGUUCUGAAGGUUGCAACCUAGGUUAAUCAGAUCAGAUUCUAGGAACCACUGCCCAAGCUGACCGCCACCAGUGCUACAGAGGUCAAAGGAAUCCACAGCCACAGGAAAAGGAGCUUCUUUGGACAUGCCCAGCUCCAAACAGUCCUGGGGGAACUGGUACAACCCUUACAUAAUCCACCCCCUCUUUGCCCCACCAUGGCCUGGAAAUUGGCCAGAGGGUCCACAUCCUGCCCAAACCCCUCUCCUCUCAUGCCAAGGCAAAGGUGAUGUCCUUAGGCCUAGGGCUAGACCAACCCCAGCUCUGGAUGCUGCUAGCCCAUUCUGCUGCCCCACCAUCCUCCAGUUUUUCUACUAGGCUCUUUGCCAUUGUGAUGUCCUCAUGACAUAGUCUGAUGCAUGAUAAAAUGAUUAUUUCUUUAUCUUGCAA